AUGAAUAGAGCAAACUCAGAUUCCAUCCCUAAUGAUCUCCUUCUUGAUAUACUCUCAAGAUUGCCUUCAAAGUCAAUCGCUAGGUUUCGUUGCGUGUCGAAGCUAUGGAAGUCGAGUAUUUGCCAGCCAUAUUUCACCGAGUUGUUCUUCAUAAGGUCCUCCACUCGUCCACGUCUCUUAGUUGGGGUCGAAAAAGAUGGUGAGUGGAGCUUCUUCUCGUCGCCUCAGCCUCAGAAUCUAGAUGAGAAGUCGUCCCUUGUAGUAGCCGCCUAUUUUCAUACCAAGUUAUUUGAAGGCAUACGAUCAUACAGUUGUAGCUAUAGCUACGCUUCUGGUUUGAUUUAUUUCUCUGAUCUGCGGAUCCCAAACGAGGAUGCCGAUGUAUUGAGUGUGAUAUGUAACCCUAGCACGGGACAAUGUGCGAUCUUACCACCUAAACUGAGAACAACCUCCAGCGGGGAUUUAGGGUUUGAUCCGAUUGGCAAGCAAUUCAAGGGUAAAUUAGGUGUGAUUAACUGGAAGUAUUCUGAGGAUGGUGGAUUUCCCCUAGAAUUAUGUAUGUGGGUUCUAGAGGAUCUCGAGAAACAGGAAGUAUGGUCGACAUAUGCCUACACAUUGAGGGCUGAGGAUAAAUUUGUUAAGGUUAACAAAAAUCUUCGCGUUGUUGGGGUGACUGCUUCAGGUGAAAUUGUUUUGGCCAAGACAACGGCAUGUAAACCUUUUUAUGUUUUCUACUUCAGUCCCGAAAGGAACACUCUCCAAAGUGUUGAAAUCCAAGGCGUUACAGAAGAGGAAGAAUGGUAUAACAAUCCUAGAGUUUACUACUUUGUAGACCAUGUCGAAGAUCUUAAUAAGUUCGAUACUUUGAAGAUAGCACAUGCUGCAACAUCAAUAAACCCACCAGAAUAG